AUGACCUGUAAAUAUUCAGUGAAUGUGAUUUUACUCGCUAUUCUUAGUAUUUACCCCAGUGCAUACUGUCUUGAGUCCACCGACGAUUGCAGGGGCAAUUGUGUCAGUGGAGCACCUCCGAAAAGAUGUUUGUACAAUUUUUAUGUGACUGACAGCGCGAGAAAAAAUUUUGUGUGCAAUGGGGAGGAUGAUCACUGUGAUUACAAGCUGAGUCCGAGGUUUCUGAUCAAUGGAAAGAGUCCUGGACCUGCGAUCGAGGUGUGUCUUGGAGACACAGUGGAAGUGAUAGUCCACAACAGGCUCAAGUCCCAGGAACUGUCGUUCCACUGGAAUGGAAUUCACCAGGAGUCGUCUGUGCACAUGGACGGCGUGCCAAUGGUCACCCAGUGUCCCAUAUUACCUUUCACGAGCUUUCGAUAUCACCUGAAACCCUCGAGAUCGGGGACAUUCUUUUAUCACGCACACUCAGUUCUUCAGCAGGGAGAUGGUCUCUUCGGGUCACUGACUGUCCGAGGUCCUGGGGAGGACGUGACCCUCGAGAAAAUUCUCAUGAUAUCUUCGAGGCCGUCGAGAUCGUUCACUUCAAUCGACGUGAAACCCCCCGAGGCUGUCGAACUACUCGUAAACGGAAAAAGAGAGGAAGACAUCAGAGUGGAGCAGAAUCGAAAGUAUCACUUCCGCGUAAUCAACGCAAACGCUUUAAACUGUCCAAUUUCGUUCUCUGUGGCUGAUCAUGACCUCGAGAUAAUUAGUGCAGACAGCAAUGCAGUCGCUCAUAUCGCUGGAAAGCGCGUGAUAUUGUUCCCAGGAGAGAGGGUUGACCUUGAACUGGAGACCUCGAGAGCCCCUGGAAGGUACUCGGUGACCCUGGAGGGUCUCCACGACUGCAGGAAUUUGAUUUUUGAAUCGACUUUGACGUACGAGAACGCGGAAUUCCGUGAAGAGGUGAUAAGGACCCCCCCGGAUUAUCCGGAGCUGCCGGAGGUGCUCCAGGGUCACGACUGCGAGACCCUGGGGGCCGGGACCCUCUGUCUCAUGGACAUGAAGGGCCAGGGGGUCCAGGGGGGCGCGAGGGAGACCUUCUUCGUUGAUUUCGAUGAGGUGUUUUACGACAUCGACGACCAGGAGACCGAUUACAAAUUCAAUAUCUACGGGCACACCUACUAUCCUGCGUACUUGAGUGUCAGCCCUGGAGGGACUCAUAUCCCUCAAAUUAGUGGGGUGACCUUCAAAUAUCCCCCCUCGCCGAUUUUAUCGCAACCGGAAGCGGUUUCUGAGGAUAUCCUCUGCGAUUUGGAGUAUAAAUCGAGGGAAUGCAGUGAUAGACCUUUAUUUUGCGAGUGUCUGCAGAUACUCGAUGUUCCAACCAUGGAAAAUAUCGAUAUCGUUUUGAUUAAUGAAGGCAAAGGUGGCAACCGUAGUUUCGUGUUCCAUUUGCACGGCUACUCGGCGGCCAUUUUGUCGUGGAAAAAAUUCGACCGUCCAAUCAACAAGUCGGAGAUAAUGUCCCUGGAGGCCUCGGGAAAAUUGCCCCGCAAUUUGGCUACUCCAGUGAAAAAGGACACAUUCGUAGUCCCGAGCAAAGGGUACGUGAUCCUCCGCCUGUUUACCGACAGUCGCGGUUACUGGCUGUGGGAAUCCCGGGCGACCGGUGUCUCCCCGGGUACAAGAGGUCCCGGCAUGCAAUUCCUGAUGCGGGUGGGGACGAGAGAGAGCUUGCCGACAGUUCCCCUGGACUUUCCAACCUGCGGUAAUCACAAGGGGCCCGAUUUGAUUUUCGAUAACGAAAAUUAAUGCCUUUUUCAAUGCAAAUUGUUAC